UAUAGAAGCUAUUGUAUUGGCAGGAGUAGCCUACGGUAGGUGGGCUGAACGAACGCUGGUGACUCGCUUACCGUGUGUUACUAUUGUAUUUAAACUCACUGUCUUCCAUGUAACUGCACGACGUGAACGUUGAGCCGCGGUAAUCGUGUCAAUAGCGGUCAUGCCAUAUUAGUGGCGAUAGUUGAGCGUUGGUCUUUCUGGUAAAUUGGCUGCGAGGCAAGAAGAGAAGGCGUGGUGUCUAUGGAUUGAACAGUGUGCUAUUAGGAUAUGCGGAUCAAGACAGCUUCCUGAUAAAACAGCAGCAGAGCAGCUUACCGGGCGAGUGAGUUUCCGUGAGUAGACUGCACUUCUAGAGAAGCGAAGAAUAAGGGGAUUUAAAAGGGUUCGUGGUACCAGGAAAGAUCCACUGUUUGUAAAAAAAAUCGAGGAGCUGAAUCGAAAGGUAACGCCACCGGGAAAGAAGAGAUGACGGAGGGUCGAGUCUGCCAAGUGCAUCUCCUGGACGACAGGAAACUAGAACUGCUGGUUCAGCCAAAGCUCCUGUCCCGGGAACUCUUAGAUUUGGUUUCUUCCCAUUUUAACCUCAAAGAAAAGGAGUACUUUGGAAUAACCUUCAUUGAUGACACGGGCCAGCGGAACUGGUUGCAGAUGGACCGCAGGGUCCUGGACCAUAACUUUUCUAAGAAGAGUGGACCGGUUGCCCUGAAGUUCCUUGUUCGGUUUUAUAUUGAGAAUAUUUCAUACCUAAAGGAGAACACGACCGUGGAGCUGUUUUUUCUAAAUGCAAAAUCUUCUGUCUACAAUGGGGACAUCGAGGUUGAAAGUGAAAACGUCUUCAAAUUAGCUGCGUACACAUUGCAGGAGGCUAAAGGAGAUUACACCAGUGAUGAAACCACUAGAACGGACUUGAAGAAGCUCCCUACUCUUCCAACAAGAGUUCUGAAAGAGCACCCUUCCCUCGCCUACUGUGAGGACAGAGUGAUUGAGCAUUACAAGGCCCUGAAAGGGCUCACGCGAGGCCAAGCUGUUGUGCAGUAUUUGGCUUUAGUGGAAUCCCUUCCAACAUAUGGGGUGCAUUAUUACGGAGUAAAGGACAAACAAGGGAUACCAUGGUGGCUGGGAAUUAGCUACAAAGGGAUUGGUCAAUACGAUUUGCAGGACAAGCUGAAACCACGAAAGUUGUACCAGUGGAAGCAGCUGGAAAACCUGUAUUUCCGUGAGAAGAAAUUUGCUGUUGAGGUGAACGACCCCCACAGGAGGACAGUGUCCAAGCGCACAUUUGGGCAGACAGGCCUGGUCAUCCACACCUGGUAUGCCAGCCACUCUCUGAUUAAGACCAUUUGGGUGAUGGCCAUCAGUCAACACCAGUUCUAUUUGGACAGGAAGCAGAGCAAAGCGAAAGUAACCACAGUGAGAAGUUUGGGCGACGUCGCCAUGGACCUCACAGAGGUAGGGGCCCCGAGGAUCAGUAAGCUGGGAAACAUGGAAGUGAAGAACCAGCUUAUCAUGGCCAGCAACGGCAGCCUGGUGUCUGCAGGGUCAGCAGACUCUGAGGUGAGCGAGGAGCAGAAGAAGGAGAAGAUCUGCGAGCUGAAGAAGAAGGAGAAGGAGCUCCAGGAUGCCUUGGCACAGAAGGUGGAAGAGCUCAAGGAGCUGUGCUUGAGAGAGGCUGAGCUGACAGGAAGGCUGCCCAAAGAGUACCCGCUGUCCUCGGGUGAGAAAGCCCCUCCCGUCCGACGUCGAGUAGGCACUGAAUUCAAACUGGAUGACCUUUUCCCAUAUGACAAGGAUCCUAACCUGAGAAACCUGGAGAGCAGGUUUGCUCUUCAGCAGAAGAUCGUCGAGGCGGCCAAGAAGCUGGCCAGCGAGCCCGAGCUCUGCAAGACGGUGAAGAAGAAGAGGCAGAGAAACUGCCUGGACGCCAUGAGGAAGCUGCAGGAGAUAGAGGAAGAGAUCAACGAGUAUCGGAUCAGGACCGGAAAGAAGCCCACGCAGAGAGCGUCUUUGAUCAUGGCCGAUGAUGGUACCCAGGCAGAGCUGUGCUCGCUCUCCGGCAGUUUGACGUUGGACGAUGAUGUCUGUGCUGGAGCCCAGAGGCAGCGAUCAAGGUCGGUCCAGUACUCUCCUGGCCCCAGUCUGUCCGAGUCCCUGGGGUUCGAAUACAUGACAGACAGACGAGGUUCUGGAAACAGCCAGCAUAUAGAUAUGGGCCUCAGCAGAUUAAAUUAUAGCGAGGUCCAGGAGCCGCUGCACUACAGCCACAGAGACGCCUUAUCGACGCACAGCAGCCCUUACAGGCUUCCAUCCAGGCAGCCCCGCGACGCGCACAGCGUGCCCCCCACCCCGGUCAUGACCCGCAACGCCUACAGCAGCAUCCAGCUGAGGUCGGACGAAGACGCUCAGCUCUUCCGCCAGCGGAGCGGGAGCCUGGAGUCUCAGUCCCAGUUCCUGACGGAGGCCGACCCCCCGAACCCCGCCUUCGCCCUGUCCCCCGCCCGCCGGAGCACCAGCACCGAGGUGCUGGAUGACGGCUCGUCCUACACCAGCCAGUCCAGCGUGGAGUACAGCUUCCCCGGCAACCCCAGCUCUCGACCCCGGGGCCGAUGGCGCCACAGGAAGGGCAACGCCUACGCCAACACGGGCAGCAUGCCCAACCUGGCGCAGAACGACCCUGCGCACUGCUACGCGUACCAGCCCCAGCCCCAGCCCCAUCCCCAUCACCAGCCCCAGCACCAGCCCCAGCACCGGCAGACCUCCACCGCUUACUACGUCACCGGCUACCCCUGCCACCCGGACCCCGAGCCGUACUCCAACGGGGCCUACGCGUACGAGAGCGAGCUGGAGGGCCACUACAACGUCAACCCGACCACCUACCACGCUCCCGCCUACCACGGGCACGACCGGUACGGCCACUACGCGGACGACGAGGUGGACGGCUACGCGCAGAACCCCUACGCCACGCUGCGGCCGUCCCGGAGCAGGCCGGGGCACAGGGGCGAGCAGCUGGUCAAAAACUACCACAAGGCCCUGGUGGCGGAGCACCUGCGCGGCUGGUACAACCGCAACACGGGACACAAGCACGUGAGCUACGACUACGACAGGGGCUCUCAGCAAAGCCUGGGCUACCAGACCAUGCCUGCCCCCUUCGGCAGCUCCAGCAGGGCCACCUCCUAUUCAUCAGUCUCUUCGACUGCCAGUGCUGGGAACUGGCGCAGUCAGUUAGCUGUGGGACUGACGGAGUACGACAUGCCACAUUCGCCACAGCAGCCUUACCCAGGGACAGCCUACAGCACAGCCUACAGCAGCAACCCCUCAUACAGCAGAUACGGCUCCUGCCUGCACUCAGAGUGCCCCUGCCACAGCGCUGAGCCCCAGCAGCGCUGUGCCUUUCUCCCCGCUAGCCCUUCCUCCUCCUCUUCCUCCUCCUCCAUCCUCUCAUCCCUCCCGCCCUCCUCUCCUCGCUGCGUUCUGGAGCGACCGGGCUCCGCUCCCCAGCAGCCCCAAAGCUACAGAAACGAGAGGCUUAUUAAGUACCCCCACGCUAAGUGUAGCCCACGAUAGUCGUAUGUAGAUGUGAACCAAAUGGAAACACCCACCUGCAGUCAAACAAACAGCAGUUUAGAUCCAGAGGACCAGAUGUUGUACUGGCACGAGGACUCCAAGCCUGGAACGAUAGUCUAGGGCACUGCCAGCAGCCGCUGUCUGAUCACACUCUCUCUCUUAUCUACAUGUGCCUUGCACCACACCUUUCAGGCAAGGAUUUCUCCAAAGAGCCAAAAGCAACAACAACCGAGGAAUGAAACGAAUGUGAAGCAAAUGUGAAAUCCUUGCACGUUCUGAAAUGGAUCGUCUGAAAGCACUACAAAGUUGACAGAUGUGCAGCAUUGAACAGAGGUGGUUGAGUUUUGGGCUGGUGAGCUGUGGGUGGGUGGAAGGUGUGUGUGUGCGCGUGUGUGUUUGUGCGUGUGUGUGUGCGCGUGCAGUGAUGGCACUUCGGUUACAGACUUGAAUGGCACUUGGAAAAGGCUGUUGUGGGGUUUCAGAUUCGCCAGCAGACUAGCAGAGAGCACACGGCCCUCUUGAAGGAUAAUUCUGACUGACGGACCAGCGGGAGAAUCUCAGGUGCAUUUUGAAAUGAAGGACCCAGCACACGACGGCUUGAAGUACAGUUUGAAGAUCCUAUCCAGAUCUGUAGAAUCUGUAGAAACGUCCUGGCACAACUACGUAUGCACCCGUUUUUUAUCUGAAUUGGAAUGCUAACUUUUUCCCAUGAUAAUUGGUACAGUAUAUUAUUUAUGAUGGUUGUAUGCAAGUUUAUAUGUAAUGUUCGUGCUCAGUUGUCCCAGUGAACCAUUGCACCCCUUGAAUGGUUAUAUGUCUAACAGUCUCUGACCUUCGGCUCUCCCUCAUGUGUGUAACACGUUGAUUAUGUAUGAUAAAUGUUGGUAAAAAGACGCUCGGAAAUCGUAAUUCAAGGCACUCGUAGUUUUCCUUUGUACUGUGUUUUAGGGAUCUGUUAUUUUGCAUUAUGACAUUGCAAUGUAAGGGGCCUCACCAUUUUGGCCAUAUUACUGCCAAAUAUCACACCGUUUAUCCAUUUUCAUGCUCGUUAUUGUUUUCAAUUUGUACAAAAUAUCUUUUCGAAGACUUCCAUGAGAUGGUAGCAUUCAUUCUACCAGUUGUCCCCAUUUUGCAGUUUGUAAUGGCACCAUCAUAGAAUCGCAGAUUUUUCUAAGAUACGUAUUUGCAUCCCAUGCUGGAAUCCAUGGUCUGGUGCUCUUUCCCCUCACAAGAGAAGGGAUUUGUAUGUACUUGUUGAUAUUGUAUAUAUGAUGUAUUUGGGUUUCUUUUUUGUGAUCAUUUUUAAGUGUUAAAAGCAUGUAAUAUAUAGUAAACCGUUUGGUAAGCUG